AUGGCGAGCAAAAAGAACUCUGGCCCUCCAAAUGAUAUAAAUGAGCCAAGAGGAAAAGCUCAAUGGGAUACUAGGACUACAGAGAUUAAUAAUAGAGAUGUUGUAGCUACAAUGGCUAUAGAUAUUGUGAGCCCACCCGAUCCACAUUUUAGAGGUGUUCCGUUGGAGAUCAAGAAUGACUCUGGAUAUUGGGCUCACUUCAAGAAUUGUUUUCGCGCCAUGGAAGGUACUCAUGUAAAGGCAUCAAUACCUCCAGCACUUCAGUACCUUAUACUGGACCGAAAGGAAUACCGAAGCUCAAAUGAGAUCGACGAGGCAUCUGUCAAUGUUGCCGAUCAAGAAAUGUUUUAUCCUGUUGAAUUCCUAAAUACUCUUAAUCUCUCGGGAAUUCCAAAUAACUGUCUGCAACUAAAAGAAGGAAUGUCAGUGAUGCUUCUCAGGAACAUCAACUCUGCAUUAGGAAUGUGCAACAGAACAAGACUCAUCAUCACGCAGUUGGGGGCUUGGAUAAUCGAAGCAAAGAUAAUUACUGGAACCAAUGUUGGCGCAAAAGUGCUCAUCCUGCGAAUAGUUUUGACAGCAAAGAACUCCAAGUGGCCUUUUGUUCCAUGA